AUGUGCGCGAUGGUCAACGACGCCAAGGACCUCACGCCGUAUCUCCUCGACACGAUCGCGCCCUGCCUGGCUCGAGAUGCCGCUCCCGAGGUCCGCACGGUCGCGUCCAAAGCGCUUGUUAUGCUCGUCAAGGGUCUCGGCCAGAGUCACUCUUCACACCUCGUGCCGUCGCUGCUGCAAACCAUCGAGUCGGAGUCGUCAUCGGUCGAGCUGUCGGGUUCGGCCCAGGGGCUCUGCGAGGUACUCGUCAAGCUUGGCCCGGGUGUGCUCAACCACGGUCUCCGCGACGAAAUCCUUCCGAUUGCGCCACCCAAGGCCACGGCCCACUGUGUGCUGGCGUUCCUCCCGCCGGCGCUCGGCAAGGGCUUCUCGCCUUGCCAAGGCGCUCCAGAUGAUCGUAAUCUCUUUGACGACAUUCGUGAGUCGUCGAUCUCGUUCCUCGGCGACUUGUUGUACCACGACAGCGGCACGCAGAUGGUUGUCAUGUGUGCCCACGACGACGAAGACGGCGCCGCUACAGGCAGCGCCGCUGGCGAGAAGGCGAUGCUCGAGAUCCUCAGCAAGCCGCGCCGCGACGCCGUUCUCGCUGCGCUUUACAUGAUGCGCUCGUUUACGUCGGCCGUUGUUCGCCAGAGCACGCUCCAGGUCCCGCCCAAGACGCUGCAAUCGAUGCUCGAGACGCUCAUGCAAGCGCUCUCCGGCAAGAGCGUCGAGAAGCAAAACGUCGCCCCCGCCGGCACGCGUCAAGGCGUCUGCCUCGAACUCGCCGAGGUCAUCCAGUGCUCGCCCAGGAGACAACUCGACGAUUCCGUCGAGACGCUUGUCGUUGCGCUCGAAGACAGCAUGUGCUACCGCUCGUUUGACGAGCUCAUCCCGCGCCUCCUCAAGCGUAUCACGUCGGUGGACGACCUCGUCCAAGAGUACGCGCUUGCUGGCCUCCGGAAUGUCAAGGUCAAGUCGCGCGUGGUGCUUCC